UAAUCAGCUGAUACUGCUGCUUGUGUUGUUAAUGCCUGAAGUUGCCGUUGUUCGGACACCCUGCUACUGUAUAUCGGCCGCCGAUACUGACGAAACAUUAAGCCCACAAAAGGAACAUGGCGGACAUAUAAACGCUGACAAACAAUAUGUGUCACAAGGGACGUGUUUCUUACGGAGGAAUUUGAAUUAGUGUCAACGCGGCAGAAGAGCUAGCUCCCAAAUGCUGGUACCUUCGAGGGAAGGAAGAAAGAAACACACCGUCUGAACCUGCUUUGUCGUUUUAUAACCUGAAUUGUGUAACUAUGUACUGAAUUUUCGGGCAUUUUUUUGUAUAUUUUAUGCUAAUUUCUACUUAAUCUUGAACGCAAUCAAAGCGGCUAACUCGUUGGCUAAUGUUAGCCCAUAGCCCGACACAGUGUUGUUGUCCUGCUUGGUGUUUUCGUAACUAACAGGUAGUGACAGAUCACCUUAGCGAUUAUUGGGGGUAUCUAAGCAUAUAUAUCCUGAUGACAUUGCUUAUUUUAUUUAUCUCUAUAAUCAGGUGGCUCAACACGUAUCCCUGUGAGAGAAUCUAACUGGUGAUAAUGCGUCGUGUGGCUCAUUUCUUUGCUUUUUGAGCCCUCAAGAUUACGCAAUUAAGCACUAGUUUGACUGACAGCUGAUGUUGUACGUGGCUGCUUGUGUCAUUUGUUUGUGCAAAUGCAGCUAACUUUGUAAUCUUGGUUGAAAUUGUCAGCUUUAAAGCCUUGGCUGACUUUAUAUUGGUUAUAUUUAAUUGUUUAUUUUGUUCUCAUUGGUUUUGAUUUUAAUGUUAAUAUCAUAUGCAUUAAAGUGGACACUUGUUGCUCGAAAGUGUCACACUGAUGCUCACACAUGACGUCGGUAGCUGUAGAGACACAGUGCCUGUAAAGUAGCCCCCCCCCAGUAUAGUUUGGCGUACAUUGAUCCAGCAGGGAGAGAGACAGAAUCCUUCAGUGGGUUCCAUUGUGUCUUAAGGUGAGCCACCCACCACUACUUGCCAAUGCUGGAUUUGGAGGUGGUACCUGAGCGAUCACUUGGAAAUGAACAAUGGGAAUACGCUUUAGGCAUGCCAUUGGCCCAAGCCAUCUCUAUUCUCCAGAAACACUGCCGCAUUAUCAAAAAUGUCCAGGUGCUUUACAGUGAACAGACACCAUUCAGCCAUGACCUCAUACUGAACUUGACUCAGGAUGGCAUUAAACUGCUCUUUGAUGCAACAAAUCAGAGACUCAAGGUGAUUGAAGUGUACGACUUGAGCAAAGUCAAGUUGAAGUACUGUGGAGUCCAUUUCAACUCUCAAGCCAUUGCCCCCACUAUAGAACAAAUAGACCAGUCCUUUGGAGCUACUCACCCUGGAGUUUACAAUGCAGCAGAGCAGUUGUUCCAUCUCAACUUUCGAGGACUAUCUUUCUCCUUCCAACUAGACUCAUGGAACGAGGCUCCAAAAUACGAGCCUAACUUUGCCAUGGGUUUGGCCUCCCUGCAGAUUCCACACGGGGCCAUGGUGAAGAGGAUGCACAUCUACACCGGCAACAACCUACAAGAAACAAAAGCUCCAGCGAUGCCAUUGGCUUGUUUCCUUGGUAACAUUUAUGCAGAGUGUGUGGAUGUCCUGAGAGAUGGUGCGGGACCUGUGGGCCUCAAACUCCGCCUCUUAACCGCGGGUUCUGGUCCUGGUGUGAUGGGCGAUGCUAAAGUGAGGUCCUUAGAAAGAAACAUCUACUUUGGAGACUCUUGCCAGGAUGUCCUCGGUGCUCUGGGAUCCCCGCAUAAAGUCUUCUACAAGUCUGAGGACAAGAUGAAGAUCCACUCUCCAUCACCUCACAAGCAGGUUCCCUCCAAAUGUAACGACUACUUUUUUAACUACUUCACCCUGGGAGUGGAUAUCCUGUUUGACUCGACAACUCACCUGGUUAAGAAGUUUGUCCUCCAUACCAACUACCCAGGGCAUUACAACUUCAAUAUCUAUCAUCGAUGUGAUUUUAAGAUCCCGCUUGUCAUUAAAAAAGAAGGAGCCGACUCUCAGACUGACAACUGCAUAUUAACUACUUACAGCAAGUGGGAUCAGGUUCAGGAAUUGCUGGGCCACCCGAUGGAAAAGCCUGUUGUCCUUCAUAGGUCCUCAUCUGCCAAUAACACCAAUCCCUUUGGUUCUACCUUCUGCUUUGGACUCCAGAGGAUGAUCUUUGAGGUGAUGCAGAAUAGCCACAUAGCGUCCGUGACCCUCUACGGUGCUCCACGGACCACCAGUCCAGCCCCACCCGAGUCCAGUAGCAGCUCCCACUGAACAAGUAACCUGACACCAUGUCUCAUUCUGGCUUGUCCUGAAAAACGUGCAGAGUUGAAACCAAGCAGACCUAACCAACAAUAACAACAACAACAACACGGCCAUUCUUGCAUUGAAUAGCAUUUGUUUUCCUGCUGGCUUGGAAGAAUUGCUCCUCAAAUCACAUCCAACACACAGUUUGUUGGAGAAUGAAUACCUACAUGUGAGUUUUUGGCUGACUUGAUGGCGUGAUGGAAUCUGUGUUCAGGUACAACUCCAUAAAGGACUGCAAAAAAAAAAAGGAAGGGAAAGAUAAGCUUUGCCAUUUUUGUCAAGUGCAGCUAAGAGCCUGUGUGAAGCUUUUAGAUAUGAACAUGUUGAGCUUCUGCCACUGCGGACUUCAGAGAGCGUCCCCCCACCCCCCAAGAAAAAAAAAAAUAACUGACCAGUAUCCUCAGACAGAACUGGCUUGAUCAUCGCCAACGAACCACACUGCCAGCCUGCCCGCUUCUGCUCGUCUUCCUGCCCGACCACACUAACCAUAAGAAGCUAAGCGUCCCAGCCCAGGAGGAGCCAACCAAAGCUGGAAGGUGAAAGAAGACCCAAACUCUCAAUAGUCAGACGGCCAGAUGUGAAGCCUCUGAAAGCAGAACUAUCCAAACAUUAUUGUCUCCCCCCCGUCCGUCCCUGCCGCCUAAAGUGCUGUAAAAUGAGCACCUGCAUGACCGAGCCUGCUGAAGCCUCUUCUGUCAUUUUAACACAUGAAGCACACACACACACAAGGUCACUUGCCAUGUUGCUUUUGAGCAAAAGGUCAGUCAACGCAUCCUGUUGGACUUUUCCACUUGGCAUUUUUUUAGCCCCCAAACUUGUCGAAAUCCACACCAACGCUGCAUGAACCUGAUAAACAACUUUAUUUGGACGAGAGGAACCCGAAGAGAAAAGCACAAAUUGGCAACCUCUUUUGUUUAUCUUCAGUCCUGCAUGUUGUAAGGGACGCUGCCCCCCCCCCGUCCCUCGUCCACCCGUCUCUCCAACUCAUUGCAUGACUCUUCCCAGGCUUUUGUAAGUAUUACUUUGCACACAACCAUAACACCUUGACUUGUUUGAUUAUUUGGCCAAAUCUUCAAUACAUGUUAACGUGAACGUUUGUUUUUCCUUUUUAACCGUAAAUCUUGGAGAGAGUUGAGGUUCUGUUAUUUUGUUAUUUUACUGAGUGAGUUACGCUACAUGACACGGUGAUGCUAUUCAUCCUUCAGCGACAUCUGCAUCAUCUUUUGUUUGUUGAGUUGCCAAAUGCAUAAGCCAAAGACAUUUCAUGGGCAUUUCUGCUCAUCUUGCAGACAUUCUCACUGUAACUUCUUGUCCUUUUGGAGAAAAGAGGCAGUUUUUUUUGUUGUUGGUAAAAGCAUUGAAAUUCAACUUGGAUUUUAAACAGCUGGCUGUGAUUGCAAAAAAAAAAGGUUGAAGAAAGGAAGGAACUGCUAGGACAAUACAGUGUUUCCUAUACAUUUGGCAAAGAAACGAAUGUAUCAUGCAUCACGCAUUAUGGCCAAUUGAGUAAAUCAGGUAAAGGUUUGAAUGUGAAGGGAAUAGGCUUCAUGUGAAUGAAAAAGUUGUGAAUUAAUCGAUUAAUCGAACAUGUCAUGACAAUAACGUUCCUACAUUAAAACGGUAACAUGAGAGAAAUUUUAAUUGUCAUUAAAAUAAAUUUGUAACGUGUAAGUCUUAAUAUGAGAAUAAAAGUAGUUAAAGGGGACCUAUUAUGCUUUUCCGGCGGCACGGUGGUCGAGUGGUUAGCGCACAGACCUCACAGCUAGGAGACCAGGGUUCAAUUCCACCCUCAGCCAUCUCUGCGUGAAGUACUCCUGUCUCCGGGUACUCCGGUUUCCUCCCACAUUCCAAAAACAUGCUAGGUUAAUUGGUGACUCCAAAUUGUCCAUAGGUAUGAAUGUGAGUGUGAAUGGUUGUUUGUCUAUAUGUGCCCUGUGAUUGGCUGGCGACCAGUCCAGGGUGUACCCCGCCUCUCGCCCGAAGACAGCUGGGAUAGGCUCCAGCACUCCCCGCGACCCUUGUGAGGAUAAGCGGUAGAAAAUGAACGACUUAAUUUCUUGGAAACUACAAGGCAGAUAAUUAUAAGCAGCUGGUGGCAAACCUCCUGAUGAUUUUACAUUUAACUACAAAUGCACUUCUGUCGGAGCUGCAUGUUGGUCAAGUGGUUAGCGCGUGGACCUCGCAGCUAGGGUUCUCGCAUGCGUGGGUUUUCCAAAAACAUGCUAGGUUAAUUAGCGACUCCAAAUUGUCCAUAGGUAUGAAUGUGAGUGUGAAUGGUUGUUUGUCUAUAUGUGCCCUGGGAUUGGCUGGCGACCAAUCCAGGGUGUACCCCGCUUCUCGCCUGAAAACAGCUGGGAUAGGCUCCAGCACCAAACUUUUGUAGAAGUAACAGGACAAAUGAGCUCAGCAGCUGUCUGGAAGUCCUCCGGAGCGCUUGAGAGUGUGACCAAUAAAUUAAACAGACUUUUUGGGCAGGAAUUAAGAAAUCCAUGGAAACACUGCAGCAUCUGGAAGAUCUAGAAAGCUUUCUAUGUGGGUUAUUGUGUGUAGCUGCUCUAUAGGAGUUCACAAUUUGAUACAAAAAAUGAAAAUGAGCAUAAUAGGUCCUUUUUAAUGAUGCUAAUGCUUUUUUCCCCUUGCGCUUUUAAAAUUGUAUUUAUAAAUUUCUCUCAAAAGUACCACUUUAUUCUUAUAAUAUUGGGAAUUUUAUGUUUUUAUGUUUCCUUUUAAAUGAUCCAUAGGUAUGAAUGUGAGUGUGAAUGGUUGUUUGUCUAUAUGUGCUCUGUGAUUGGCUGGAGACCAGUCCAGGGUGUACCCCGUCUCUAGUCCAAAGUCAGCUGGGAUAGGCUCCAGCAUACCCUGCUAUCAUAGUGAGCAUUUAGUGGCAUCAAAAAUGGAUGAAUGAAUGUCCUUUUGUUGUAGCCAAAUUAUUUUUUUAACUUAAUUUUUUUACUUUUAGCCUUUUUUUUCUCCUUGCAAUAUUUUAGCAUUAUUUCCAUUUAGCUUCACUUGUUAUUGUUAGUGGACAAAUGUAUACUCGUUAUUAUUUGGCUUGGCUUUGUUCUUGUUUUUCCCCCAGUUUUUUAGGGUGGCCUUAGUACUCUUGUACACAGCUUAUACAUUAAAAAAAAUAAUUUGGAUUUGAUUCAUUGUUUUUUGGGGGGGAAGAUUAAGAAUUUGUCAGUGAAUAUUAGGGUCCUGUGAAAAACCACCAUGAGUCAUUCCUUCACUCUAACAUAACAGAUUGUAUGCAAGAGUGGAUGCGUUAAAAAAAACAACCUUGUUCCCUUACUUCAUUUGUCAACAUAAACAGGUUGGAACGCUUUUGAUUAUUUGUUGCGGUAACCAUAGAACUCUGUAAAGACUGCAGGUGUUUGAUCACGUUUGCACUAAGGAAUCAUAAAUAGUCAUAUCAUUUAGUCAAUUUACCAGCAGGGAAACACAAUCCUUACUUAUAUAUUUUUUUUUAAUAUAUAGUUUUUUUUGUUUUUUUUUUUCAGAAUGUUUCCAAUCAGAAAUAUUGAGUUUCAGUUAGGGAUAUACAAAACUUCUGCAGAAUUGUCAUCCUUCCUGGAUGUAUUUAUACAUUUAUUAUUAUUAUUAUUAUUGUCUAUUCAAACACUUUAGUGUGCAUUUGAAGAAACAAAGCAGAAAAGAACAAAACUUUGUGCCUCAUUUCCCACUGAGCCUGUCUUUGACCUUUGUAUUUUCUCCCCUGUGUAGAGUACAUAAUAGUGUGUGUGUGUGUGUGUGUGUAUGGGCUAUCAUAGCAGCAUCAUACAUUAUGCUGGUAUGGCCUUAGAUUUAUUUUUGCCUGUUGAGAAUUACUGCAUUUUCUACAUCACAUUCAUGUUUUUGUACUUUUCGUUUUCUUAUCUCUUGAGUGACUGACAUAGUUACGCCAACCAAUAAUCACAAAGGACGCCGAUUUCAAACGUAGAGUCACUUUUCGAGUCAACGACUUGUCCAGAUUAAAAUUAAAAUGUGUUUUAAUCUGAAGGAGACUCCUUAACUAGUAUGUGCUUGUAGAGCUUCCUGUCAUGCAAAAAGCUGCUUUGCUGUGGAAAGGAAGAAGAAAAAGUGUAAGGAUUCUCCUCUUAUUCCACUUUAAGACUUAUUUUAGUCGUAUGAGGAGGUUUUUGAUCAUGAGAGCAUCAACUCAGGUGGACAUAUCACAACCUUGCUUUUGUCUUGAGAACAGUGAAGGUGACAUGUGAUUGCUAUUUUUUUUCCAUUUCAUGGGAAGGUGAAUGAGUAUUAUCAUAAAGUUUUAAUUUAUAAUACACAGCCUCAUCGUGUUUGUAAUUAUACUGGUAUAAACGCUUUGUAUUGUCUUUUUUUUUUGUUCCCCAUUUCCUUACAUUGUGUGUAUUUGUUUUUAUCCAUUCCUGGAAAUGACAUUUAAAAGUUCCAUUUGAUUAAAACAUGAACAUGAAUGAAAUGUCAUCUAGUAUAUUUUAAUGCCUGUUACUUUGUGUAAGAAGAAAUAACAUACAGUAAUAAAUACUCAGCAUUUCAACUGGAAAAAAAAGGCAAUAAUGAAAUAAUGCAGUGCAAAUUGAGUUUGUGGAUUUAAAGCAUUGCAAAAAUGUUGCUUGCUGACAAACUGUGGCUGUACUUUUUUGACUUUUUAAAGAGUGUAAAAUGCUCAAGUUGACACCCAAGGUUCUUUUCGGUGUCAGAACAAGAAGGAUAUCGAAGAAAUAAAACAAUGUGGAUGUGACAAAUAUCAACCAAAGCAAUUCAUUCAUGGAUCACAUCUGAUAUCGGUGUGAUGGUUUCCACGUAUGUCAGUACUUCUAUCUGUUUGUUACGGUGUACAUUCUGUUCUACUUUAUUAGCCAUAUUGUACCCUGCCUCUUGCCCUAGGUCAGCUGGGAUAGGCUCCAGCGUACCCCCAGGACACUAGUGAAUAUCUGCAAAGUAGGAGUCCUUAUUUAUAAAUUGAAUAUUUUCCUUGUUACACAUAUAAAACUUGUUUAGGACCUUCUAAAAAGAUAUUUUUAUUAUUACAUUAUUAGAGCCCUCUUGAUGUGACUUAACACCCCUAUAGUUACUUUACACUCUUAUUACCUCUCAGCUAAUAUCAUGUUUCUGAUUCCACCACUAACUGAUUGAAAUUGAACCAACAUGGGCUGCAUGGCGUACAAGUGGUUAGCACGUAGGCCUCACAGCUAGGAGACCCGAGUUCAAUUCCUCCCUCGGCCAUCUCUGUGUGGAGUUUGCACGUUUUCCCCGUGCAUGGGAGGGUUUUCUCCGGGUACUCCGGUUUCCUCCCACAUUCCAAAAACAUGCUAGGUUAAUUGGCGACUCCAAAUUGUCCAUAGGUAUGAAUGUGAGUGUGAAUGGUUGUUUGUCUAUAUGUGUAUAUUUUUUCUUGAUGUGACUUAACACCCCUAUAGUUACUUUACACUCUUAUUACUUCUCAGCUAAUGUCAUGUUUCUGAUUCCACCCCUAAUUCAUUGAAAUUGAACCAACAUGGGCUGCAUGGCAGUCGAGUGGUUAGCUAGGAGACCCAAGUUCAAUUCCUCCCUCGGGCAUCUCUGUGUGGACUUUGCAUGUUCUCCCCGUGUGGGUUUUCUCCGGGUACUCCGGUUUCCCCCCACAUUCCAAAAACAUGCUAGGUUAAUUAGCGACUCCAAAUUGUCCAUAGGUAUGAAUGUGAGUGUGAAUGGUUGUUUGUCUAUAUGUGCCCUGUGAUUGGCUGGUGACCAUUAACUUAUUAAUUGUCAUAUUGUGACAAUGCCAUAUUGUGCUGAGUAGCCAGGACUGACAGACACGGUUAAUUGGUUGAUAAGUGAAUAUCUGCAAAGUAGGAGUCCUUAUUUAUGAAUAGAAUAUUUUCCUCAUUACACAUAUAAACCUUCUAAAAAAAAGUUUUUUAACAUUAUUAGAGCCCUCUUGAUGUGACUUAACACCCCUAUAGUUACUUUACACUCUUAUUACCUCUCAGCUAAUGUCAUGUUUCUGAUUCCACCCCUAACUCAUUGAAAUUGAACCAAUAUGGACUGCAUGGCGGUCGAGUGGUUAGCUAGGAGACCCAAGUUCAAUUCCUCCCUCGGCUAUCUCUGUGUGGACUUUGCAUGUUCUCCCCAUGUGGGUUUUCUCCGGGUACUCCGGUUUCCUCCCACAUUCCAAAAACAUGCUAGGUUAAUUAGCGACUCCAAAUUGUCCAUAGGUAUGAAUGUGAGUGUGAAUGGUUGUUUGUCUAUAUGUGCCCUGUGAUUGGCUGGCGACCCUAGUGAGGAUAAGCGGUAGAAAAUGAAUGAAUUGAACCAACAGCUCCCCUACUGGUUGCAACUAAGCAGUGCAUUCUAUGCUACGGUGAUUACAGCAACAUCAUUAAUCCACUCGUCCCCAAAUCAAAACCACAAGGUAUCCAUUUUAUCAAGGCUUGUUUAGUCGUAAACUUUACGUCACAUUGAAAGCAUUCAGUGUUUUAUGUCGACCACAUGACUAGUAAGCCCCACGGUGAUGUCACAUUGUUGCAUCAACAGCAGGAUCUGGCGGCAAAUCUUUCUUUAAUGCCUUUAAAACUUUUUUUCCACUUGAUAUGAGCCGGGGGAGUCAUGUGACCAAAUAGCAUCAGCCAGUUAAUCACGCGGGACAAACACCCGUCCCACGCCAUAGUCCGUUCCCCUUUCUCCUAUCCUCCACCUGAAGGGUCCGGAUGUCGGUCUGGUCCUGUUGUGGCAGUUGAGUUUAGGGUCGUGCAGCAGGUUCCACAUGAGCCAUAUUUGGGGUACGCUGAGGCUGUGGACCACCAUGAGUUCCCUGUAGAAACACGGGUCGAACGUUUGGAGAUGGGGUGCCGCCGACGGACGGGGAAUCCCGAAUGUACGGAAACCCUGGUGGCGUGAUGGUUUGAUGCCGAUCAGCUGGAGGCACAUUCCCAAAAACACGUCGUCGAUGGGGAACAGUUCCACCUGUAAGUCAAGUCAACAAAACCAUGAAAGAAAAAAACAAAAACCAUACGGAUUAUAUUUAUCGUGGAAGUACCUGCUGACAUGCGGAGCUGAGUCGGCGUGCCGUGUACCCGGACAUAACAAAACCCCCUCCGCCGGCGUAGGACGGGUACAAAGCAGCUCCAUAAACAAACUCCGGCACAAAGUACUUCGAAGUACGGCGGCGAAUUGGUUUAGCGUUGACGAUAAUAUCGCCAAUAAAAAGAUCCCGGUUUGAUUUUUGACCUUGAAGCAGCUCCAGGAUGUUCUCGAUAUUCACAUAAACAUCAGCGUCCCCCUUGAAGAUAAACCUGCAAGCACCAUGACAUGGAAGAACUGAAUAAGAACAAGACUUCUCGGUUCAGGAUACUAGAACCUCACACAGACCUGACAUGAGAACAGGUUCUGUUGACCCAUUCCAGAAAGUGUGUUUCCUUCAACGUCAGGUUGAAGAAGGUGUCCUCAAAGUCCCAUAGAAGGAUGUCCUUGAAGAUUUGACUCUCAUAGGUCAGAAGCUGAUCCCAUAGAGGUAAAGCGGUGCGAUUCCUGGGGACCCCUAGAAGAAAAACCGUACGGAUGGACCCGUCUUCUCGACCCCACGUCCUCCGCACCACCUGAGGUCAUUAGAAGCCAAGUAUUUAUACAUGUAGGAACCAAUGGAGGGUUCGGAAACCGAUAACAAUUUUACCUGCCGUUUAUCAAAAUCCGCAGCGACAGAUUUCACCGCGAUGAGCAUGUAGAGGUCAGUCAAUGACGCCCCCGGGUGACAUUUCUCUGGUUGGUCGAUAAGAAGCUUGAAGUUGCGUUUGUCCUUCUCUCUCAGGUAGCCCUCAAAGUCAAAUGGCGGCAUCGUGGGCGGAGGAACACGAGUCGUCUUGGUGGGCUUCGUUGUCUUCUGUCGUAACUUGGAUUUUCUUUUAGGUUUAGACUCGGCUUUGGGUUUGGCCUGGGGAUGUUUGGACUUGGACUCUGAGUGACGGCGCUGAGGCUCAGUGGGACUGACUGGGGACUGGUUAAUUUGGACAGAAUAUGUGAUAGAACGUUCUUAUGAAUGAAAUCAUCCAUAAAUGUAUUUUCUAGCAGAUUGCCUGUGACUA